AUGGGCGCUAGGGCUACAGCUCCAGGUCGCUCAGCAGCCCGCGCCAGCGUAUGCCGACGCCGGCACGCCGCACGCCGUUGCUUCGACGCGCUGUGCCCGUUCCUCCAUGUCACCGCCUCGGCCGCCAACCAGACCAUCGUUACGGCGAUUGCAGCCGAGAAGAACGUGCACGUCGUCGACCUCGGUGGCGCCAGCCCGAACCAGUGGCUCGACCUGCUCCGCCUGUUCGCCGCCGCGCGUCCCGAGGGUGCGCCCGUCCUGCGCCUGAGCGUCGUCAGCGAGCAGGAUGCAUUCCUCUCCCGCACUGCCGGGCUGCUAACCCAGGAGGCCAUCCACCGCCUAAUCGCCGACGAGACCAGCGUUGAGCUACCAGCUGGGCCGCAUCAGAUAACGAAGGCCGACGCGCUCCUCCGGGUCCUCUGCGACCUGUCGCCGAAGCUGAUGCUUCUGACGGAGCAGGAGGCCGACCACAAUGGCGCCAACCUCUGGGACCGCGUCAGCAACGCCUUCAACUACUACGCGGCCCUGUUCAACGACCUCGAACCCGGCGGUGGCGCGCCGCGUGAGUGGGUGGACCGCGCGGCCGUUGAGCGGCUGCUGCUCCAGGAGGAGAUCAUGGACAUCGUCGCCCGGGCCUCACGGCGGGAGCGCCAUGAGGUCAUGAAGAGCUGGGUGCAGAGGACGGGCGUCGCUGGGUUCAAUACCGCGCCGGUGAUGUCUUACGACCAGUUUGCGGACGCCGGUCUACAGGCGCUGCAGCUGGCGGCCGACGGCACACUCAGGUACUGGGUGAGGAACGAGGACGCGUCCAUCAUCGUCGUCUACUCGCGCAUGACACCGAUCUUCUCAGUGACAGCAUGGCGGCCGGCUGAGAAGAACGGUAAGUGA